ACACUUUAAUUGGUCGGUCAUAUUCGAAAAGUAUGAUAUAAUUUAAUAUAAAACAGAUUUUAAACAAAUACACUUGGGGUAAAAUUUGCUUGUGAAACAUAUGUCUACCUGCAUACUUCCGUUCACAACAGCGAUGAUGGUUAUCUAAUUGCGUUGCCCACUGGGAUUUGUGUUGUUUUAAAACAUUGUUGUUCGCUUUAUAUUGCUUCCGUCACGGACUAACGCAUAAUCAUUGUCUGAUCUAUUUUUAUUGUAAUGUCCAACCAUACACAAUGGAUAGUCAUCAGUUUCACCUUUUGCAUGCUUUGAACGUCAACGUGUCGCUAUGGCAUGUGCUCAUAUCAUCGUAAAAUUACUUAAAAUUAAGUAUUAUCCAUCAUAAGUCAAACGUUAUGGAUUUAAUAUAUAUUUUGUGUCUUUCUUUACUUUCGUGUUCUGUCGUUGGUCAAGAUCCAGUUGUAAAUUUAUCCCAAGGUCGUGUUGUUGGGAUCAAAGUUUUUACUGAAAAUUCACUAAAACCUAUUGAAGUGUUCUUUGGGAUACCAUAUGCAGCUCCACCAAUUGGGAGAUUAAGAUUUUCGCCUCCUGAACGACAUUUAGGUUGGAGAAGGACUUUAUUUGCUCAUCGUUUACCACCGCGAUGUCCUCAUUUAGGGAAUGAAAGUGAUAUCAGUGAAGACUGUUUAUAUCUUAAUAUAUGGACUCCGCGGAGAGUGGAUGUAAGUUUGCAACCAGUUAUUAUUAUUCUGUAUAGUGAUUCUUGGCUCAAAAAUGGCGUUAAUUUACCAUGUCAAGAGUUAGCAGCGGAAGGCUUCGUGGUCGUAACUGUAGCUUACAGGCUCCAUAUUCUAGCAUUUUUCACACUAAAAUCGAUUGGAGCACGCGGAAAUCUUGCCUUACUAGAUCAAUAUAUGGCUUUAAUAUGGGUUCGAGAAAAUAUAGCGGCAUUUGGAGGAGAUCCAAAUUCCAUCACGCUAGCAGGCCACUCCGCUGGAGCAGACAGUGUUCUUCUUCAUAUGGUAUCACCUCGGUCUAAAGGUUUAUUUCACCGGGCCAUCAUUAUGUCACCACAAAAUAUUUGGAAAGCGAUUGAAAAAGAUAACGAUAAUAAUAAUUUCGAUAUCGUAAAAUUAUCGAGAGGCGUCGCACAAUCUUUAGGCUGUUUGAGUGGAAUAGAAAGUGAAAUUCUUCAAUGUUUAAAAAUUCAAUCUUUAAAGGAUAUAAUGUCUCAAUAUUCGAACAAUUGGACAGAUAUUAUUCAACCAAUUCCUGAUAAUUUCUUACCAGAAACGGAACAAUAUUUACCAACAACGCUUUCAGCAGCGUUAGCCUCGGCAAAAUCACCGACUAUUCCUGUUGAUGUAAUUAUAGGAACUACUGAUCUGGAAACAAUUAAUUAUGAUAACAAUUACGAAGAAAUUAUAAAUCUUGGUGGAGAUCAUUUGUACAAUCAAAGUAUAUCAACAGUUAUUCCAAAAUUAUUGCGUUUGCUAUCGUUGGACCGACCGGAAACGUCGAUACUUUUACCACAAAUAAUUCAAUGGGAAUUUUUGGGUGCUAAUAUACGAAAAGAAAAUGAAAAACAAACGUUAAAAAUAAUAGAAGCCAUUGCGAGAAUGGAGACAUCAGCUAAAUGGGAAGCUGGAUGUGCUCUUCUGGCAGCGAGGCUCGCCCGUCGAAUUUCACAUUUAUAUGUUUAUCAUUAUUCACAACCAUUCGGGACGGAUUUAAAAGGCCAACGAUUUAAUUUUACAGGCGCAACACACGGCGCUGAACUGUUUGCAGUCUUAGGAGAUGCUCUAAUGCUCCAAAUAGCGCGUCGACCGUCAUCACAAAAUGAAAAAGAAAUAUUUAACAAAUUUCGAAAAUACAUUAAAAACUUCGUUACAUAUGGAUCACCAAGUACUCAAAAGGAAUGGCCAAGAUAUAUGGUGGGAGACUCGUAUAUACACGAAGUGUGUAAUGCUGAUUUCACUGAUUACAAUCAAUACAAGCUCAUAAGGAGGAUAUCUUUUUGGCUUCAGUAUUUACCACGUUUAUCAAAUAAACUCACAUUAAAUGAACAAGCCGAAAAAAUAACUAUUAGCAACGAUGGCAAUCGGCUCCGCGGUGGCGUUAUAGCCUUGUGCGGUAUUUCAGUCAUGUUUUUAUUGCUGUUGGGUGUUAGCGUUGUUAUAUUGUAUAAAUGGCGAACUCGACGGCCCUUGGACAUUGAUUCUCAAGUAGCAAACUAAUGAUUAUUUUCAAGUG